AUGCUCUCUCCCACUUCCUUCGACAUCUACCGCAUGGCUCCCCCAGUUCGACCUUCACGAUCACUCGAAGGUUUAGAAAGAGUGAUCCCUCCAUCACUGGAAAAAUCACCCUACACUUCAUAUACUCCAUUUACUCCAUUCACAUAUACUCCGACCACCCCGACUCGCUCCGAUCUCUUCCUCAACAAACCUCUCCCCGCAAUGCCACCACUCGACGAACCCGAACCCGAGUACUCUGGUAUGUGGACCGAUUCCGACAGCGACGACGAUGACAGCACCGUCGACAGCGUCGCCAGUCCAAGCGAACCACGCAACUCAACCGAGAGUUUCCCCAUCUUUGUCAGUUCUGGCUCCGACGACUUCGACCUGGUCGAUCAUCCGACCCCCGCCGAUCCCUUGGAUGCGAUCGUCGCUCCACAACGUCCCCUUUCUCAGCGCACGGACUCGACCGUGUCGAGCAUCUCCGCCCUCACCUCCAACUCUGAUGCUCAGUACGGUCGCCCCUCACAGUGGUCACAGACCCAGACCCAGACCCAGACUACUCGACCAGGCACCAACCACUACUUCCGUGAGAAGAAAUGGGAUUUCUUCCCAGAGCUGGCAACCCCCGGGUCGCUGCCCGCCACAGGUACCAGCGGACGCGUGAGUCCCAGCCUUCGAAAUGGAAAGACUCGCAAGAAGGAAGGUCGCUUGGGCCUCUCGACUAAGCGUAAGCGUUGGCACUCGCUUGAUCGGCCGGGGAUGGGAGGACUGGCGCAGGCUCGCGACUCCUUCAAGACAAUUGUUCACCGCACACUUGCAGCCAAAGAGUCACAACGCCCAGCAACAGCGCAGCCAACCUCGCUCCAGCAAAGGAGAGGCCUCAGUGUGAAACCACUCGAAGCCUCCUCGCUAGAUGUGAAUAUGAACCUGCGGGCACUAUCGUUACACACCAUGGCCAGUUCCAGCGCCAGCGAAAUGCCCGACAGCCCCCGUUCCCCACGCCAAAAACAACUCGCAGUGCCCAUGUCCCCGUACCAAAAAUACGGAUGCGCCAUUUGGGAAACACCCAAGAAAUCCAAGAAAUGGGCCACUGCCAAACAGCCUGCAGCGUCCCGGUCGGCUUCUCAUCUCGUCUACACAAAUCCAACCCCGCCCCUCUCCCCGCCACUCAAGACGCAAUUGCAGCAGAAUACCCGUGAUGCUGUCCGCGCCUUGCAGGGUGGGACGAGUCAGAUGCUUUUUGCAUUCGAUGGCGCGAAGAAAAAAAUGUCCGAGUCCAGGGAUGAACGGCGCCGUGAAUUGCUCAAGUCGCAAAUCAAGUUGGUUGGACCGGUCAAUCCGCAUACGUGUUCGCAGGCAGAUCCGUGGCUUUGA